AUGGUGUCAGUGGAUGCGGUAGCCACCUCAAUAAAUCAAACUGCCAUCACAGAAUUCAUCCUCCUGGGAUUUGGACAUCAUCCUGAACUACAGAUUCUGUUCUUCUUGAUAUUUCUGAGCAUCUACAUUAUAACCUUAAUGGGGAACCUUCUCAUUGUUGUGUUAGUUGUGAAUGAUAGACAGCUUCAUACGCCCAUGUAUUUCUUCCUAGGGAACUUAUCCUGUUUGGAGAUUUUCUAUACCUCAACUAUUCUGCCCAGAAUGCUAGUCAGUUUCCUAACAGAGAAUAGAACCAUUUCCUUUUCUGGCUGCUUUAUACAAUUAUAUUUAUUUGGUUUUCUGGUGACUGCAGAGACAUGUCUCUUAUCUGUGAUGUCAUAUGAUCGGUAUUUAGCAAUUUGCAAACCACUGCAAUACUCAUUUCAUAUGAACAGCAAGGUCUGUAUCUCUUUAGCAGCAGCAUCCUGGAUAAGUGGUUGUUUCUCUGUCUCUGUGGUAGUCAUAUGGAUGAGACAAUUAACUUACUGUGGUUUCAACGGAAUUGACCAUUUCUUUUGUGAUUUUAUACCUCUCAGUAAGUUGGCCUGUACUGACACUUCAUUAAUUAUGGCGAUAGCCCUUAUGUUAUCUUCCUUAUUCACUUUCCCUUUAUUUAUGUUGACCAUAACAUCUUACAUUUGCAUAAUCUCAGCCAUUUUGAGGAUUUCCACCACAUCUGGGAGGCAAAAGGCAUUUUCUACUUGCUCCUCUCAUCUUAUUGUAGUCACCAUUUUCUACGGGUCCUUAAUGAUUGUUUAUGUCCUCCCAGAUGACCCCAAACUGAGAGGCUUAACCAAAGUGCUCUCUACUUUCUACACGAUCCUUACACCAAUGAUCAAUCCCCUCAUAUACAGUUUAAGGAACAAGGAGGUUAAGGUGGCUUUGGGAAAACUGGGCCAGACAUGCAUGUUGUCCCUUAGAACUUAG